UUUUUCAAAAGGUGUCCAAACAAUAUAGAAUCACAAAAUCUAACACAUGUCUCAGAAUUCCAUCUCAUCAUGCCAUCAGAGGAUCCAGAACUGCAGCCCAUCCUGUUUGGACUGUUCCUGUGCAUGUAUCUGAUCACAAUGCUUGGGAACCUUCUCAUCAUUGUGGCUGUCAGCUCUGACUCCCACCUCCACACCCCCAUGUACUUCUUCCUCUCCAACCUGUCCUUGUCUGACAUCUGCUUUGUCUCCACCACAGUUUUGAAGAUGAUUGUGAACAUUCAAACUCACAGCAGAGUCAUCUCCUAUGUGGGCUGCCUGACACAGAUGUCCCUUUUUAUCCUUUUUGCAGAUAUGGAUUGUAUGCUUCUGACUGUGAUGGCCUAUGACCGGUUUGUGGCCAUCUCUCGUCCUUUGCACUAUAUGGUCAUUAUGCACCCUCAAUUGUGUGGAUUCUUAGUUUUGGUGUCUUUGUUGGUUAGCAUGUUGGGCUGUCAGGUACACAUUUUAUUUGUGGUACAAAUUACAUAUUUCAAAAAUGUGGAAAUUUCUAACUUUUAUUGUGACCCUUCUCAACUUCUUGAUCUUACCUGUUCUGACAGCUUCUCUAACAACAUUUUCAAGUAUUUGGCUGUUACCAUAUAUGGGUUUUUCCCCAUUUCAGGCAUAUUAUUCUCUUAUUAUAAAAUUAUUUCCUCCAUUCUGAGAAUCCCAUCAGGUGGAAAAUAUAAAGCUUUCUCAACCUGUGGGUCUCACCUCUCUGUGGUUUGCUUAUUUUAUGGAACAGCAAUUGGAGUGUACCUUCAGUCAUCUGUAUCAAACUCCCCUAAAAAGAAUUCAGUGGCCUCAGUGAUGUAUGCUCUGGUCACCCCUAUGCUAAAUCCUUUCAUCUACAGCCUGAGGAACAGGGACAUGAAAAGUGCUCUGUGGAAGCUUCAGAGUAGAAUAAUCUAA